AUGUGUGAUACAUUUUAUGUAACACCUGCUAGUGAACUUGAAAAACUCGAAGAUUGGAAAAAUCCAUUAGCAUUUCAAACAGCUCAUCACCAUGAAAAUUUAAAUGUUCCUGAUUCAGUUGAAGUUGAAUGGCGAUUACGUGAUCGAAUGAAAACAGUUAGUGUUGCAUUGGUUAUGUGUCUUCACAUAGGUGUUGAUCCACCAGAUGUAACAAAAACAAGCCCAUGUUCAAAACUUGAAUGUUGGAUUGAUCCAUUUUCUAUGACACCUCGACGAGCCCUUGAAACUAUAGCUGCUGAAUUACAACGUCAAUAUGAACGAUGGCAAUCUAAAGCACGAUAUAAAUCAAGUCUUGACCCAACACAAGAAGAUAUUAAAAAAUUAUGUAUGACUUUACGACGUAAUGCUAGAGAGGAGCGUAUUCUAUUUCAUUAUAAUGGUCAUGGUGUACCACGUCCGACAGCUAAUGGAGAAAUUUGGGUAUUUAAUAAAAAUUUUACACAAUAUAUACCAUUAUCUCUAUAUGAUUUACAAAAAUGGAUGAGUUCACCAUCAAUUUAUGUAUUUGAUUGUUCUCAUGCCGGUGUUGUUCUUAAUUUAUUUGUUAAAUUUGCUGAACAAAUUGAUAAAGAACUUGAAGAAGCUCGACGAAAUUUAGCACAAACUUCUUUUCCUUCUUCUUCGACGAAUGUUCAUCCAGCAGCACAAAUACCACCACUUCUUCCUACAUCUUCACCUAUACAUGAUAUUUUACUUGGUGCUUGUAGUGAAAAUGAACUUUUACCUAUGAAUCCUGAAUUACCAGCUGAUUUAUUUACAUCUUGUUUAACAACACCUAUAAGAAUAGCAUUACGUUGGUAUGUUUUACAAAAAAAUAUAAGUCGACUUAAUCCAAAUAUUGAUCAAGAGAUGAUUGAUAAAAUACCUGGUACAGUUACUGAUCGAAAAUCAAUGUUAGGUGAAUUAAAUUGGAUAUUUACUGCUGUAACAGAUACAAUUGCAUGGAAUUCAUUACCUAAAGAUACAUUUCAACGUUUAUUUCGACAAGAUCUAUUAGUUGCUUCACUUUUUCGAAAUUUUCUUCUUGCUGAAAGAAUUAUGCGUUCAUAUGGUUGUCAUGUUUGUUCAAGACCAACAUUACCACCUAUGUUUGAACAUCGAUUAUGGAAUGCAUGGGAUAUGGCGCUUGAUCUAUGUCUUAAACAAUUACCAUCUGUAUUAAAACAAACAGAAAGUGGUAUACGUGAACCUGUUUAUGAACCAAGUUCAUUUUUUGCUGAUCAAUUAACAGCAUUUUCAGUAUGGCUUGGUGAAAAUUCUUUAUUAACAACAACGGUUGAAAAAGAACAAUUAAAACAACCUGAACAAUUACCAAUUGUUUUACAAGUAUUACUCAGUCAAUCUCAUCGACAACGAGCACUUGAUUUACUUGCACGUUUUCUUGAUAUUGGUACAUGGGCUGUUCAUCUUGCACUAUCAGUUGGUAUAUUUCCUUAUGUACUUCGUUUAUUACAAGCAACAAGUGAUGAUUUACGACCAUAUCUUGUUUUUAUUUGGGCUAAAAUAUUAGCAGUUGAUCGAGCAUGUCAAAUAGAUAUUAUACGUGAAAAAGGUCAUGAAUAUUUUAUUUCAACAUUAACAGAUGCUCGAUCGUCAAAUGGUGUUCGUGCAUUAGCUGCUUUUAAUUUAACUUGUUUAGUUGAUAAUUAUACUAAAGGACAGGAUGAAUUAUUACCAGUCAUGUCUCGUGUACUUGAUAUUUUAAAUACACCUACAACAUAUUUUCAUGAAACAUCAGCUCUUUUUCUCUGGUCAACAUUAUUUCUUGGACAAGCAUGGCGUUUAAAUGCAAAUGCAUGUGAAAAAGCUGUUCUUAUUCGUGCACCUGAUACAUUACAAAGUUUACUUACUACACAUGAUACUCCUGAAGUUCGUGCUGCUUGUGCAUAUGCUUUAGGUACAUAUUUAUCAUCAUCAACAUCUGGUAAUGAAUUAAGUGAACGUCGAAGUGAACAAUCAAAAGAAGCAGCUAUUGCACUUAUACGUUGUCUUCAUGAUGGUUCACCACUUGUUCGACAAGAAGUUCUUGUUGCAUUACAUCAUUUUUUAAAUUUAUUUCCUCAAACAACAACAACGACAACAACAACAACAACAACAACAACAACAACAACAACAGCAACAACAAAUACUAGUGGAACAAAUAUUACAAUUACAGAAGCAAUACAAACUGUUGCUUCAUCAGAUCCAUCAUAUGAAAUGGUACAAUUAUCGGAAAAAAUUCUUACAAAUUUACAACAACCAAUAAGUACAACAUUUUUUCACUGGUGUUGUAGUCGAUUUCGUGUAUCAAAUACAAUAACACGUGAUCUUGGAUCUGGUAUAACACAACAACGUGGUGCUUCAUAUAUAGAAGAUGAAAAUGAUUUUUUUGCACGUAGUAAUCGUUAUUGGCGUAAUCAUUGUAUACGUUCAAAUCCUAGUCGAUUAGCUGAUUUUCAACAUAUGCGUGAAACAAUAUUUAAUAAUCGUAUAUCAAAUGCUACUCCACUUGUUUUACGUCUUCAUCCAUAUGAAAAUUAUUUAGUUGUAGCAAAUUCAAGUGGAAAUUUAAAUUUUUAUGAAUUUGAUGGAAGUCCACGUUCAAAAUCGAUAUUGAAGGUUGGUUCAAUAGGUUCAACAAUCAAUACAUUAGAUUUUAUUAAUGCACAUGAUCGAACAUUAAUUUGUGUUGGAACUGAUACAAGUGCUAUUCGUAUAUUUGAUGAAUCUACUCAACGUCUUAUUUCAUCAUGGAUAGCUUUAUAUGAUCAAUAUACUCAUAUUCAUUCAUCUCAUCAUCAUCAUCGUUCAAUAUCUAAUCCAACUUCUACAUCACAAGCAAAAUUUGUUGUUGAUUGGAAUCAACAAUUAUGUCGUAUAUAUACAUCAAGUUCUAAUAUUGAUUAUAUAUCUCUAUGGGAUGUUGAACGUGAACGUCGUUUAUAUACAAUGGAUACAGGUACAUCUGGUGGUGUUUAUUGUCUUGUAUCAGAUUCAAAUGGUUAUUGUGCAGCUGGUAUGGGUGAUGGAACAGUACGCUGUUUUGAUACACGUUCACGAGAAAAUCCAAUUGGUAUUAGUCCAUCACCAACACCAUUGAAUCGUCAUUCAUCUAUAAUUACAUUAAAAUCUGAUAUAAAUAAUCGUUUAUUAUCAAUAAGUAAUAUGGGACAAUUAAGACGAUGGGAUACUGAAACAGGUAUUAGUGCUGAAUUACCUGUACCACAAACAUCACAACAUAUAUCAGCUGCUGAUAUUCAUUCAACAGGUAAUGUAUUAUCAUUAGCAACAGCAAAUGCUUUACAAUUUAAAACAUGUUUUGGUGAUUUACUUUUUGAUAUAAAAAAUUCAAAAUUUGCUCAAACAUCAUGUUUAUCAUUUCAUCAAUAUCGACCAUUACUUGCUGUUGGAUUUAAAGAUGGUUCUUUAUCAAUGUUUAAUGGAAAGACAAAUUCAUCAACUGUAUGA